AUGUCAUUAGCCUUGGAUGUGAAGACUCUGGAGGAUGUUGCCGAAAGUGGUGAGAUGGACUAUGACAAAUGGCCGUCGAUGAUCGAGCCCCUCCUCCAACGGCUUAACCAGAUUGUCUAUACCGAAUUUCCCACGCCACGACCCUAUCCCAACAUUACCAGACCUCCACCGUCAUCUUCGCCUACUCAAGCCCGAGAUGCGAACAUUGGUGACCAGCGACCGUCGACCCCGGUCAGAAAUCUACCUCCCGUUCCUCCAUUCCCCAACUCGUCAGCGAGUCGUGUGCCCGACUCACUACCUCCCUCCCAAGAUCUUCCCUCCGACUCAUCGAACGAACUACCCGGUCUGUUACUCCAACUCUUCAACAGCGUCACCCACACCUUGCGGACAUCAUUCUCCGAAAAGCCACCUCAUACGAUCCAGCGACUGGCGGAGCUAGUCUUAUACCCUACGAAACAUUACAGCACCCUCCCUGCCUGGCUUCGUGCGGUCGAUCGUGUGGUCAGUGUGAGUAGCACGGCAGAUGUCUUCCCUCUGUCAGACACACCGGCUAUAGUGAAUGGCGUCAACGGCGACGGUGGAGGAGGCAUACUAUGGAACAACAGCGACAACCGCAAUGGGUACGACAACAAUUCUCUGGGCAGUGACGAGAGUCUAGGUGGAGCGCUGCUUACUCCCAUACCGUGGUUGCGCAAUGGAAAUGCCGGGGAAGAUUCCGGCGAAGAGUCCGCACAUUUAGAUUCCCAUGACGAUUCGAGCACAGAUGGCAUGGGAAGCCUAUCCUCCGACAGGACUGACAUGGACCCGAUGGUGCCGGAAAGAGCAGACGGUGCCGUCACCCAAGGAGAAUUGAUGCGCAUGGAACAAGAGGCGGGUGUCGUGCCUGCGGCGCAGAACCCCCAGCAUACGAAUGCUGGAAGGACCAUGGCGGGAGCAGAAGAAGGGCUCUACAUGGAUGACGAGGAUGGAGAGGACGCGGUGCCACACGCACGCGGGCCUGAUGUGGUCGGGACUGUAGAUAUGGGUCGAGUUGAUGGACAUGAAGUCCAGAUCCGCAUCGGCAGUCCACCCGAUGGAGACAAUAAGACGGCCGACCCGAACAAUGCGCAGACGGUGCUUCCGUCGCAGGAUCCCGCAGGCGCGACGAGCCCAGAUGUGGGAGCCUCUUCUCUGGCGGAUUCCGAGGACUUUGAAAUCGUGCUGAAGGAUACUGCGGAGAAUGCCGAGGCCGAUGGAAUGCAGCUCGAUAAUACGGGAGCCUCGGCCGAUAGACACUCGGAGCAGCCAUCACAGGAGCAAGACGGAGAUAUCGUUCUCGUCGAUGCGGAUGGCAAGACCGAGGAUGAAUCGGCGUCGAAGACCGACGUCUCUGGUGAAAACGUGGGUGCUGAUGCAGUUGACACAUCCACCGUGACUUGA